AUGCAUCGAUCUGAAAUAUAUUCUGAUAAUUUUUCAAAUAAUUCAUCAAUAGAAAAAAUCAAAGAAUAUCAAUUAAAUGAUAUAAAUGAAUUUAAUGUUUAUCGUGUAUAUGAUACAUUUAUUGCUUCAUUACGUGAACCUAAUAAUUUAGAAUCAUCUAUUGGUACACAAGAUUAUAUUGAUGGUUAUCGAGAAUUAAUAAAAUUCUGUGAUUCACUUGGUUAUAUAUUUAAAUUUGUUAAAGAUGAUGUUAUUGAUAAAUUAAAUAUAUUACAAUUAUUUGUUGAUAAAGAUAUAUUAAAUUUUGAUACAAUACAAAAAGCUAUUAAUUAUGAAACUGAACAUAAUUUAAUAAAAAUAAAUCCAAAUAAUUUUACUCGUACUUUAUUACGACUUCAUCGUGCAUUACUUUUUAUUAUUGAAUUUCUUCAUGGUUUAGCUGAACGACCAUUAUCAGAAAGUACAACAACAAUUGCAACACAAUGUUAUGAUGCAACAUUAAAUAAUUAUCAUGCUUUUCUUAUUCGUAAAUCUGUUAAAAUUGGAUUUCGAAUAUUACCAUCACGCUUACAAAUAGAUGAAGCUAUUUUUCAUGGUCAUAAAACUGAAUUACUUGAACAAUAUAAAACAUUUAUUAAAAUUAUUCAACAAAUAUAUGACACAAUUCAAACAUUCUAUACUGAAAAGAAAUAUUUACAAUUGCCAUAA